AUGACCUCAAAUAUAGCCGAGUGUAUUAAUGGAAAACUAGUAGCAGCAAGAGAGUUGCCUCUUUUUUAUCUUCUUGAAGAAGUGAGAAAGAUGUUCGGAAGAUGGAAUUGCACUAAUAGAAGAAACGGAACAUACACAUUCACAACGCUCGAGAAAGCAUUCCAGCAAUUAUUAUCAAUAAAUGAGUGUAAAUCUCUACGUAUGAUGGUUGAACCAUCGACUAAAUUUGUGUAUAUCGUACAUGAUCAAUCAAGGCGUUUCAUAAUUGAUCUUAAAAAGAAAACAUGCAGCUGUCGGAUGUUCCAAAUGGACGAGAUACCAUGUCCGCAUGCAUGGGCUGUUUUGAAGAGUAAGAGCCUUAUGCCUGAUGAUUUUUGCUCAGAUCUAUUCAAACCAAAGACAGUGGUGAAGACGUAUGAUGUGAUAGUUGAUCCUCUCCCUGACGAGAGUGAGUGGAAUAUUCCUAAACACAUAUCCGAUGAGGUUGUUUUACCACCGAGAUACAAGAGGCCCCCAGGAAGGUCAAAGAAAAGCGAGACAAACCAUUAA